AAGAAUAACCAAUAGACAAUCGCUGAGCGUAAGCAAUUGUCCAAUACCAUCUAUGUUGUUUUCAGAGGGCGUGUCUCCCACUGUCUCAAAAGAAACUGUAGCUGCGCUUCUGAUCACAGAAUCCUACCAGGAGCUUUGUGCUAGAUGGAGGUUGCGUGCGGACUCCAACGGCUCCAGCAGGCCCUCCAGUAGAAGCUAGCCAUAAAGUCUGCAUUGAGGCAUUUUCCUCAGUUGUUCAUGCAAGUUUCGCACCAGGUGUGAUGGAUCUCAGUGUGCGUUGAGUUCUUCGGUGUCACCAAAUAAUGAAUAAUCCCUCAAUAGAAGGGACGUAAGAAGUACUUUGGUCUCAUGGGUCGUGAACUAUCAGGAACACCUGUAAACGUAAAGAGAGCUCCGCGCGCCGUCUGCUGUGGGGUUUAGGCCGAGAACGGGGGAGAUAUCGCUUCCAGAGCAGGACAUGGGUAAGCGCAAAUCGACUUAGAAGGGAGAGGGCCGCACCGGACCGGAACACACCGCCAACAUGAAGGAAAAAUCCAAAAAUGCGGCCCGGACGCGUCGGGAGAAGGAAAACAGUGAGUUUUACGAACUGGCCAAGCUGCUGCCGCUUCCUUCUGCCAUCACCUCCCAACUGGAUAAAGCCUCAAUCAUCCGCCUGACAACCAGCUACCUGAAGAUGAGAACCGUGUUUCCUGAGGGCCUUGGGGAGUCCUGGGGUCAUGUGAGCCGCAGCUCUCUGGAUGGUGUCAGCCUGGAAUUAGGCUCCCAUCUUUUACAGACAUUAGAUGGAUUCAUUUUUGUGGUUGCUCCAGAUGGAAAAAUAAUGUAUAUCUCAGAGACAGCAUCAGUGCACUUGGGUCUAUCACAGGUAGAGUUGACAGGAAACAGCAUUUAUGAAUACAUUCAUCCAUCAGACCAUGAUGAAAUGACAGCGGUCCUCACAGUCCACCAACCUUACCAUUCCCAUUUUAUACAAGAGUAUGAGAUGGAGCACUCCUUCUUCCUAAGAAUGAAAUGUGUCCUGGCUAAAAGAAAUGCUGGUCUCACCUGUGGAGGCUACAAGGUGAUCCACUGCAGUGGCUACCUGAAGAUCCGUCAGUACUGCCUGGACAUGUCUCCAUUUGACGGCUGCUAUCAGAACAUCGGUCUGGUGGCCGUUGGUCACUCGUUACCACCCAGUGCUGUAACAGAAAUCAAACUGCACUGCAACAUGUUCAUGUUCAGAGCCAGCCUGGACAUGAAACUAAUCUUCCUUGACUCACGAGUUGCAGAGCUAACAGGCUAUGAGCCUCAGGAUCUCAUAGAGAAGACUCUCUAUCAUCAUGUCCACAUCUGUGACUCUUUCCACCUGCGCUAUGCACAUAAUUUGUUAUUGGUGAAAGGUCAAGUCACAACAAGAUACUACCGUUUCUUGGCCAAACAAGGUGGUUGGGUCUGGGUUCAGAGUUAUGCAACUAUUGUGCACAACAGCCGCUCAUCCCGACCUCACUGCAUCGUCAGCGUCAACUAUGUCCUUACGUAA